AUGUCCAUCCUCAACAACUCCCCUCCAUUACUCUCAAACACAGUAUGGCGAGAGCGUCGCGCUUUUGCCUACUAUUUCCAGUACGCCGCAGCGUCCAUCGGGGGUGGACUGGAUCUUGAUUUCUGGAGCUCUAUUGUCCCGCAGGUUUGCCGGAGUGAACCUGCUGUGUGGGAUGCCAUGGUCUCUAUAAGUUCACUGUUUGAGUCUCCUGAUCCGUGCCCGGAUCUCGCCUCCCUACGCCGGGAUCAUUCUCGCACCUUCAAUCAAAACCAACAAGACGCGUUGGACUGGUAUUCGCGCUCGGUGUCUGCCGUUCGCCAGGGAAUUGAACGCGGUACGGUAGACAACUUUGUCGGACUGAUUACAUGCAUCUUAUUUAUCUGCAUUGAGGCCCUCUUAGGAAAUAUGGAGGAGGCUAUCCACCUCUAUGGUCAAGGUGUGCAUCUCAUUCUCGCGUUGCGCUCCCAAAACGCUUGCAAGGCCAUGACAGCAACCAAAACCUCCCUAUUAAAGGAUACAAUUAUCCCGAUUUUUGUCCGUUUAGGAGCAGUCACUCUCAAUUCCGGGGCUCUAGUGAGCGCUCUAUUACGAGAGACUGGACCUGUAGUCACGCAAGAGUUUGUCUCCCUGAAGUCUGCUCGGGAGGCCAUCGUCAUCCUCUUGAUAGAGAUCUCGCUCUUUGAAUUAGCUUGCGAAGAGUAUCUAAUAAAGUCGCAUGCCGGCUAUAUAUCCCAGGAAAUGAUGAAUCAGCGACGAACCCUGUCGGCUAGGCUACGCGGCUGGCACACUGCUUUUACUAACUUGAUGGGCUCGCUCUGCACGAAAGACCCGGUGCAAGUCAGUACCGGCGCCCUUCUCCUCAGUUACCAUGAAAUGUUAUUCAUCAUCCUCGGGGUCUGCAUAUCACCAGCGCGGAUCACGACUGACGCUUAUAUACACAAUUUCCAAACGAUAGCUGAACAAUCUCGCAUCGCUUUAAGUGGUUCAGCGCGACAUGACGGCACACAACCACCAUUUACGUUUGAACUCAGCGUUGGUCUUCCGAUUUGGUUCACAUGUGUCAGGUGUCGCGAACCCACAAUUCGACGCACAGCACUCGCUCUGCUUCGACAAGCGCAUCAGGUGGAGGGACUUCAAAAGCGCGAGCACGGGGUCACUAUGAGCGAAAGGAUCAUGAUGUUUGAAGAAAUCUAUGGGAUGGCAAUGACGACCGAUUUUACGACAGCAGAAGCAAAGAAUGCAUCCAUUAAAUAUCAGUCCUAUUGUCAAGGCAUUAGCGACCCGAGCAGUCCCUUCGGCAUGGACUUCAAACUUGGCGCAAGCCCAGACUCUGCACUUGCCGAGAUAACCGGGACAUCAGCAGCAGUAGGGAUCCCAGGAGAAGCACGCAUUAAACCCCUCGGCGUCUUUCGGCCACGAGACGGGUAUCCUCCCGGAACGACGGAGGAAGACAUUGCGAAGUUGAGCCGAAGCCGUGAUCAGGCCUUUCUGCACUUCUCGCGGAACGAGCACGAUCCGUCCACCAACACGUGGCACACGAUCUAUGGAUAUAUUCCUAUUGAUUUUUAA